AUGUCUGACUUGUUGAGUGGCAUCGCACAUUUCACAAAAACAGUAGCCGAUUCGUUUAAUACGUAUGAAAUCAGGAAAUUGGGUGAUAAAGUACAAGGAAUGGUAAUGAACUAUACAGAGGCCGAGAGUAAAGUUCGGGAGGCGACGAAUGAAGAUCCAUGGGGACCUACUGGACCGCAAAUGGCCGAAAUUGCUCACAUGACAUAUCAGUAUGAUGCAUUUCCCGAAAUCAUGAGUAUGCUUUGGAAGCGCAUGCUACAAGACAAUAGAAAUGCAUGGAGACGAUCAUUAACGUUGUUACAUUAUUUGUUGAGAAAUGGCAGUGAGCGGGUUGUAAGUAAUGCACGUGAUCAUUUGUUUGAAAUGCGUACAUUGGAAUCCUAUAAAUUCAUGGACGAGAAAGGCAAAGAUCAAGGACUAAAUGUGCGCCAUCGUGCAACUGUUCUUUUCGACUUAAUUCAAGAUGAUGAAAAAUUGAAAGCAGAAAGAAAAAAAGCAAAAUUAGAAGGCAAGGAAAAGUAUCAAGGCUAUUCGAAAGACGAUUUACGUUUAGGCAUGGGUGGAUAUUCUUUUUUUCGUAGCAGUGGUCCAGAAAAUUUUAAUGAUUGGAAAACCAGCAAUCAGUUUUCUAAAAAACGAAAUUCAUUCGAUGAUGAUGGAAGGGAUGCUUACCAUCAUCGCGAAGUAAAUUCGUUUCAGUUUCCAGACGAAGAAAUAAGCCAUGGUGGGGGUGAUAGUCCAGAACUCGGUAUUCGAGAACGUUCUCCAGAGCCAACAAGUCAAGAGACUGAAGAUGAUGAAUUCGGUAAUUUCGCGCUUGCUCGUAAUACUCGGUCUCAUAAACAACUCAUUCAUAAAGUUUCACCAACUUCUAUCGUAACAUCACAGUCUGAAACCGUUCAUAAAUCUUAUCUGCAGCCUACCUCAAAUGUUUCAAUUCCGGCUGUCAUUCCUCCUCCACCUCCCCCGAGCUCAAAUAUGACAGCCUUAGCAAUGAAACAUGCAACACUUGAGAGCAGUGUGUCGGCACUUGAUCAACCAAGCAAAGAUCUGUUAAAACUGGAUGUAUUCAGUGAAACUGGGAAAAGAAAGAGUUCAUUUUCCAAGGAUUCUUUGGGACUCUCACCUGAUUUGCAAUCAUCUUCAUUUGUAAAAGUUAUGAACGAGGGAGUUAGUUUGCAGCAGCCCAAUUCGCCGUUGUGUUUCGAACAUUUAUCUUUUGAGUCAUUGCCAGAUACUGCUUUUUCAAUUAAUGAUAACCAAGGAAUAUUCACCACUCUACCAUCUAUGACAUCUGAUGAUUAUACUGCAGUGACUUCUACUCCGGUUUUUGCACAUUCUGCAGUUCCAGUGUCCUUGAUUGAUUCUACUGCUCUUUGGAGUUCGGCAUCAAGAACUUCUGUUUCAUUGCCUGAUACUUUCGUGCAGUCGCCUCCUCACAGUAAUAUUCUUACAACAGCAUCUACUCCUCUAACACCAGUGCCAGCGCAUUGUACCUCGACUGCUUCUCAAAAAUCAAGUUCUUCAUCAUCACAAAUAGGACAAUUGUCAAAAUCACCAGUGAAGAUUCCAUCAACAUGGGCAGAUGCAUCAAAUAAGGUGAAUAUUGAUUUAGAUAAUUUGGGUAUUAAAAAAACACCUCUGAAGCAGUCAAUACCGAUGAACCAAAUGAUUACUUCUCUGUCGACACCAAAAGCAACUGAUCGGAAUUCAGUUGCCAGUCCCACCGUUUUUACGAAUGCAGCUCCAUUUCAAGUCUCUGCUGAUAAAUUAGAUUUAUUGAAGUGA